UACGUUAACUUGAAGUUAACGUUAAAAUAUGUCUUUGUGUUAUUCGCUAAAUAAUGAGCAACAUUUUUAGAUGCACGAUUAGCUGACUGGAUGCAAACAUAAACCCAGCCAUGAUUGGUAUCAUAACUUAGUUGCGUUCACUCUGCCGGGUGCUGGUUUGCUAUCGCUGGUUGGCAUUAUGUUCGUUGCAGCAACGUUUAGGCUACUUCAGAUUUACUGGCCACACACUUGGCAGGCUUGCUAUCUGAGAUAACGUUUUAAGCACUACGUUUGCUCGUUCAUUCCAUUCACUGGUUUACCAGCUGGUUCAUUCAAUCAUUCACUGGUUUACAAGCUACAAAUAAAAAGACACACAAGUUGGUUGGGAACAAGGAAAUAGGUGGAACGCGAUUCCAAUUAUUAAGUACACGGUCUGGAACGCUAUGGAGACACAGUGAUGUGCAACUGGAUUGACCUUAAUUUGCAGUCUCUCUAAUUGUAUGCAUAAACGCAUAUUGGUAUCACCCCCAGUGCUGUAUGUUGGCGUCCUGUCUCCUCAGAACAGCCUGAAUUCUUUGCGGUAUGGAUUCAACAAGGGACCGUGAAAACGCUCGUAGCAUGGACGACGAAUCCCCCACACUGAAGCCUCGUCGUAUUCAGAACCAGAACGUGGUCCACCGACUGGAGCGGCGUCGUAUCUGCUCGGGCCGCGCCGGAGCGCACUGGUACCGGGUACGCUGCUUCCACCAGAACCUCUUCCCCAAUUUCACGGUGGUCAACGUGGAGAAGCCGCCUUGCUUCCUGCGCAAGUUCUCCCCGGACGGACGUUGCUUCAUUGCCUUUUCUUCGGACCAGACCUCGCUGGAGAUCUACGAAUAUCAGGGUUGCCAGGCGGCGGAGGACCUGCUGCUGGGACAGACGGGGGAGACCUUGGCCAACGGGAACGACCAGCGCUCCCUGAACAUACGGGGUCGCCUCUUCGAGCGUUUCUUCUCUUUGCUACACGUCACCAAUGUGGCUUCCAACGGGGAGCACUUGAAUAGAGAAUGCAGCCUCUUCACGGACGACUGUCGCUACGUCAUCGUGGGCUCGGCGGCCUACCUGCCCGAGGAGCCCCACCCACACUUCUUCGAGGUGUACCGGAACAAUGAGUCAGUCACCCCCAACCCCCGCUCCCCGCUGGAAGACUAUUCCCUGCACAUUAUUGACCUGCACACCGGCCGCCUCUGUGACACACGGGCCUUCAAGUGCGAUAAGAUCAUUCUCUCGCACAACCAGGGGCUCUACCUGUAUCGCAACAUCUUGGCUGUCCUCUCUGUUCAGCAACAGACUAUUCACGUUUUUCAGGUGACCCCGGAGGGAACCUUCCUGGACGUGCGGACGAUCGGGCGCUUCUGCUACGAAGAUGACCUUCUGACGCUGUCGGCGGUUUACCCGGAGGCGCAGGCGGAGGGGCAGGCGGGGCUCUCGCGCCUCUACAAAGAGAAGACCAUCAACUCUCUGAAGCACCGGCUGCUGGUGUACCUGUGGCGCCGGGCGGAGCUGGACGGCAGCGCGACCGCCAAGCGCCGCUUCUUCCAGUUCUUCGACCAGCUGCGCCAGCUGCGCAUGUGGAAGAUGCAGCUCCUGGACGAGCACCACCUGUUCAUCAAGUACACCAGCGAAGACGUGGUCACCCUGCGUGUCACAGACCCCUCCCAGCCAUCCUUUUUUGUCGUGUACAACAUGGUGUCCACCGAGGUCAUGGCAGUUUUCGAGAACACCGCCGACAAGCUCCUGGAACUUUUUGAGAAUUUCUGCGAUCUUUUCCGAAACGCCACGCUCCACAGCGAGGCCGUGCAGUUCCCCUGCUCCGCCUCCAGCAACAACUUUGCCCGGCAGGUUCAGCGAAGGUUUAAGGACACGAUCGUGAACGCCAAGUACGGGGGUCACACGGAGGCGGUGAGGCGGCUCCUCGGCCAGCUCCCCAUCAGCGCCCAGUCCUAUAGCAGCAGCCCCUACCUGGACCUCUCGCUCUUCAGCUACGAUGAUAAGUGGGUGUCUGUGAUGGAGCGGCCAAAGACAUGCGGGGAUCAUCCAAUAAGGUUUUAUGCUCGGGACUCAGGAUUGCUAAAGUUCAAAAUCCAGGCGGGACUCCUGGGGCGACCUAUUAACCACGCGGUGCGGAGGCUGGUGGCCUUCACCUUCCACCCCUUCGAGCCCUUUGCCAUAUCGGUUCAGCGGACCAACGCCGAAUACGUUGUCAACUUCCACAUGCGCCACGUGUGUGUCUGAGGAGGAGGGGACGGGACCUGCACCAGAGGACUGCGCUGAAUGGUGCGGCCCGGUUCCCCUCUCAACCCUCAAAUCCAGCUCACCCAUCUGUCUGAAGCAGCGCUCGGUAUGAAACGGCACUGCAACGAUGGUGUUGUCAUGGGGAUCUCCCCCUAGAUUGACACUUGGAACGUGAUGGCACACACUGCAGAUACCAAAAAUGAUCAUGGUGGAUUCCGAAAUGUAAAGUGGUCGAAUUGUGCUCUGACUCAAAAUAUGCUUUAUUGUAUUGACCUUAGCAGCGGUCUGAAACAAAAGCCAAAGUAUAAAGCUGGUUGCAGUCGGUCCUUCAUUGCUGGGGCUUUGUUAAUGACACAUGUUCUCACGUCAUAUCUGAAUCUGGCUUUUAUUUUCUUUUGGUUUAAUAUUGUUCUGUGCUAUUAAACGUCUGAUUUUAAAUAUUUCUGUUUUUAAAUUAUUUCAUAUGAGGAAUCUGUUGCAGUACAGUUGUGAUACAAACUGUACUACCUGUUGUGAUAAAACAGUUUCAACCAAAAUAAAGAAGACUGAACAGCAAUAAAA